AUGAGUCUUAAGGAAAAGUUGUAUAAGAGGAAGAACUGCAAUGAAGUUGUGUACGAGGCGUAUGGAAAAAUUGAUCAAAAUUUGAAGCCGUAUGAAAAGACAUUAAAUGCGAAAAAUGGCGUCGACGAAAAUUUGACGAAGAACCUCCCCUUCUUUAUGAACAAGGCUAUGCAAAAUGAGAAAAAAUACGACUUCCUGAUGAACGUGAACGAGCGAGACGAAGACGUCGAAUUCGUGGCGAAGGCGAUGAGCACUUAUUUAAAUGUGGGGGAGGCGAUCAGAGUGCGAAUGGCCCUCCUGUACAGCACGGAGCAGUUCACACUCUUCCGAAAUUAUUUGAUAGCCAUCAAGGAAAUACUAAAGGGGGUUCUCACCAUCAAAGUUACGCGGAAGGGGAAAAUAAAAAAAAAUAUUUUAACCUUUAACCCAGGACAUAUAUGCAUCAUGGCUAAUUGGUCCAGGAAAAUUCUACUGUAUGAUGAGAUUACCCAAAUUAAUAUUGGCAGUAGCUGUACCCCUGAAUUGAGGCUGUUUGAAAAAAAGUAUCAAGACACUUCCAACAGAGCGAACUAUGUUGUGCUGAGGACGCUCUACAGGGACUACAGUUUUUUGUUCAUAACGGAUGAGAAGAUUUUAAUGAGAGUUAAGAGUGAGUCUCCACUUAUAAAAUUAAAAAAUUUGCUAAAGAAUCCGAAUGCGCUUCUGCAAAAUGAUGAUUUGGGGUUAAAUAAUUCGCUUAUGAGGGAACUGAAAGAUAACACCAUUUCUACAACUGAGGAGAACUGCGAAGACAUGAGGAGGGAGCAACAUGAGGAGAACUACGAGGGGGCAAGAGGGAGCAGCAGCAAUCACUUGUUAGCAAAGAAUAAGCUGCAGGACAUGAAUCAUACGAGCCAAGGAUUUAAGUACUUUUUUUUGCAUGUACUUCGGAGCAUCAAAUCGAGGGGCGUCGAUAUGCACAAUGAGGAAAUCAAAGCGGUAAUUAAAAAAAAUAAUAUGAUUUUUUUUGAUAAGUACGAUUUUAAAAAUGGGAAAAUUAAUUGCUUUUUGCUUUUCUGUCAAAUACAGUUUGACAUUUGUGGCCCGGAAAUCUGGUUCACCUCCAAAUUUGACGAGAUACUCUUCACCCACAUGAAUUAG